UUAAAAUAUAUAUAUUUUUUUACAUUACCUUCUCAAGUUUGGUUUCGGUGUGUAAUCAAAUUUCUAUAAAUCGGCACGGUGUAUGUGACACCAUCGUGCAUCAAAUCCCAGUCAAGCCCCAUCUUCUCUUCUUCUCUUUUCCGCUCUAUGUGGAUGCACUGAUAUAUCAACGUGCACUGUCAGAAAUUCAUUUCAACCUAUGACUGUAAACCACGUCAAAACAACAUUCAAUCGUUGAUUCAUUCUCAAAAACCUUCUAUCUUGUUAUCUUGUCCGUGAGAAGCCAAAAAUGUCGGUAACCGUGAAAGCAAGCUGCACUGUGAGGCCAAUGGAGGCAACAUGGUGCGGACGCAUAGCUUUAUCUGAAUUGGAUCAAACAGGCACUGUAGGUCACCAGGCCUUAGUCUACUUCUACAGUCUUCCACAAAACUGCCUCUCUCAAUACAACACCAUUGCUUCCACCUUGAAGGACUCAUUGAGCAGAGCCCUGGUGCCGUUUUAUCCAAUUGCCGGUCGUUUGUAUUGGAUAAACAAUGGACGUUUAGAACUUGAUUGCAAUGCCACCGGCGUUCAAUUCAUUGAAGCAGAGUCCUCAUCAACUGUACAACAUCUCUCUCAUUUUUCAUCUUCUUCGGAAUACCACUACCUUGUCCCCACUGUGGACUACUACUCCCUCCCAAUUCACGAGUUGCCGUUGUUUGCGGUUCAGCUGACCAAGUUCAAGUGCGGUGGAAUUUGUGUUGGCAUAACAUUUUCGCACGCAAUUAUGGAUGGAUCAAGUGCAUUCCACUUCAUACGUCAGUGGGCAAAGUUUGCACGGGGCGGGCCUCUGCAUACGGUGCCAUUCCUUGAUCGGAAAAUUUUACGUGCUGGAGAGCCUCCUUUGGUGCCACUAACAAAAUGUCACGUUCUUGCGAAACUCAAUGAUCCUCCCUUGUUGCUGGGCCGAACUGAUGACAGGGAGGAAAAGGAGAAGAAAACCACAAUAACUUUCCUUAAAAUAAGCAAAACUCAAAUUGAAACAUUGCAAAAGAGAGCAAAUGAGAGUUCUCCUAAGCCUAUAAAUGAUGGUGGUUAUUCCCGUUAUGAGAGUGUGACUGGUCACAUAUGGAGAUGUGCAAGCAAGGCAAGGAAGCACAAAGAAAACCAACCAACUGAGCUUACUGUUACUGUUGACUUGAGGGGUCGCAUGAAACCUCCAUUGCCAAAUGGGUACUUCGGGAAUGCCAUUUGGGAUAGUGUUGCAUGUUGUCUUGCGGGUGAUUUGGUGUCAGAGCCUUUGGGGUAUACGGCGAGCAGAAUAAGGGAGGCAAUUGAGAGGGUGAGCGAUGAGUACGUGAGGUCUGGGAUUGAGUUCUUGAAGAAUCAGAAGAAUUUAAGAAGGUUUCAUCAAGAUCUUCACGAAGAAGGGAGAGAGAAGGAGCCUUUCCCUGGGAACCCUAAUUUAUCUGUGGUGAGUUGGUUUAGGUUACCUAUCAAUGGCAUUAAUUUUGGGUGGGGGAAGGAGGUUCGUAUGAGUCCAGCAACACAUGGCUUCGAUGGCGAUUUCGUGCUUCUUCCUGAUCCUGAUGAGAAUGGAUCUGUGCUGGUUUAUAUACGUCUACAAUUGCUGCAUAUUGACGCUUUUAAAAAGCAUUUUUACCAGGACAUUCAAGGUUAUAAAUCCAAUUUAUAACAAAGCAAGCGGAAAUAAUGAAUCUACUUUCUGGUAUGUAUCAAGUAAUCAAGAGAAAAUAUUUUUAGAAAAAACAUUUUAAUUAGUGUUGAUGGUACUAAAAAUUAUUUCUUUCAAAUAUUUGAUGGUCUUAUAUUUACAUAAUUAGUGAGAUUUGUUGUUUUUGAGUUUGUGGAGAGAUUUAUUAUUUGUUGGACUUAUUAUAUCACCGAUAUUAUGUUUCUUGUUAUUUAUAAAAUAAAAUCUCUCUC